GCAUUCUAGAUAUGAUGGAAAUAGUUCCCCUCAACAUUCAACUUCCGAUAUCCAUGAUGCAUCGGUCCACGUGCAAAAUCUGCGGUCUUGCUGCUCACGGAGUUCAUUUUGGAGUCACCGCCUGCAGAGCUUGCGCUGCGUUUUUCAGGAGAUUCGUUGUACUUAAUCUUGAAUAUGAAUGUCUGAAAGAUGAAAUCAAAUGCAACCUUAACAAGAUUCGCAGAAGUUCAUGUCGCCAUUGUAGAUUUCAAAAGUGUCUCAGAAUGGGGAUGACUGCCGAUAAUGUUCAAUGGAAUCGAGAUGUUUACUCAAAUGAAAUGCGAUACCGAAAGCUUAAAAUACAGGAAAUUAGAAACGAUGAAAAUGAUGCGAGUAUCGCCUAUCCAUGUAAUAGUCUACCUAGCACAAGUUUAUAUCCAGUUAUCAAAACAGAGGAUCAGUUGUACACCAAAUCGGUUCUCUCAGAGAUAAACUACGAAAACCUUGAAAGAGACAUGCAUAAAAUGUUCAUGUCAGAUAUUCCAUCGACAGAUCACGGAUAUUUUGCUUCCUUGAGCCCAAUUUAUCAGGUUGUUGAAGGUCUUCGACUGAUUCGAAAGUCACAACAAACAUUUGACAUUCAAUUUGAAAAUCGUCUAUCUUUGGAAACACUAGUUCCUCAUUGGAGGGAACAGGCCAAGAAUACUGCAAUCAUGUCGAUGCAUUCUAUGGCUUUCCGAAAUAUUCCAUUAACAGAGAAAUCCCGCAUUUUCAAAUCUUUGUGGCAGAAUAUAUACCGUUUUGAACGAAUUCAAAUGUCUACAGAAGUGUUUGGAAAAGAUUGUGUCAAUGAAAAGAAACUUGCAAUCUCAUGUGAAAAGGCGAUUCAACUGGAUGCUUUGUUUUUCGACAUUGAAGGAGUAGCUCAAAACAAACUAACAGUCACCCUACAAGAUUACAAGAUUUUCGCGGAGAGGUGCGUGCGGGAAGUCGCCCAGCCACUGAGUCAGUUGAAGUUGUCUAUUGAGGAAGUGGCAUUCCUUAUUAUUAAUUUUGUACUGCAUAAUGAAGAAAAAAUAAUUGGGGAGUCAUUGACCGUUUGUGACAAGUUUCGAGAUCAAAUAGCUGAUGGUUUGCACGAGUAUUACAAGAAAAAUGACAUAAUUAAUUAUGCUCCAAGAAUCAAGAAAAUGAUGAGCACAAUUGAUGCUAUGAAAAGGAUUCAUUACGAUGAUCUCGCUGGAGAGUUUACAACAAAUGCGAAAAACUCGAAAGACUGUUGAUAACUUAUUUGAAUUCAAACUUCACUCUGUAAAAUAAUAAUGUAAAUAUUUUAAUCAUGAAUAAAUUGAAGUUAUUUA